AUGCUACGUCAUCUACCCAUAUUGCUCAUCCUUGUUACCCCCGGAUACUGUAUGUUCCGCCCUCAAAGCCCUAAACAGCAAUGCGUAGAUCCAAAGGCUUAUUUUUCGGUUGAUGAGAACCAAAGUCGUCAGAGUUAUAACGAGGAGAACGAUGAGUUCUUCCACGUGGAGGAGAAUCUAGAAGUAUCUCAAAACCAACUGAUUCAAAGAGAUAUGGUUCAAGAAUCGAAUGGAAAUUGUGAAGAGGGAUGGAAGAACUUCAAAAGACCAUCGGGAAAAUGGUGUAUGAAGAUUUUCUACGAGGAUUCUAUAACCCAGUCAACUGCCGAGCAGCGUUGCCAAGCGCAAGGAGCGACUUUGUCAGGGCUUCAGAAUCAGUUGGAGUCGUUAUAUGUGACAUACACCGUCUCCACCCACAUCUACCCAAGCACUGGAAGCAUCUGGGUCGGCCUAAAAAGACAAACGAGUUGUGAGAAGGUUGGUUUGACUCGAAACUGCACCUGGGCUACCAGUUUCCUGUGGACCGAUAACUCGGCUACAGGAACCCAUGGUCUUGGAUGGGCAUGCAAUCAACCGGAUAAUGCUAGAAAUCGCAGCCAAAACUGUGCCACACUCACUGCUUCAUACACUGGAAGUGUGCUCGGAUCCCAGACGGCACUUUUGGAUGAUGUCAGUUGCGAUUUCGACUAUGUCAAAAUGGACAGAAAGGAUCGGGACAUCAAGGCGUACAUCUGUGGAAAGAAGCCGAAAGCCUAA